AUGGAUGCCUCGAAAGCAUCAGCGGCCGCGGUUUCGCGGCCCACUAAUUUUACAAAGUCACAACCAGGGGACAAAGGAAGCUCAACCUCAUCCGCAUCCACUUCAUCCCGGGAUCCACAGAGGACCAAAUCCGACCAGACUGGCAAGCCAAAAGGCGGUGGAACAACGAGUUCAGCGAAGGGCGGCGGGGAUCGUCUUCCUGCCCACAGCGAGGAAGAUUUAUUGAAGGGUUUGACCCUUCAAGCCCUCUGGGGUGAAAAUGUGGAAUUCACUUCUUUGAUGAACGCUGCGCUCAAGAUAGCCAGACUGAGCCCGACUGCGCCUGACGUGGACUGGAAUGACUCGUACCACGCCUUCCUGCAACUCUUUGCAAUGUCGAAAGCCCGCCUGGCGCGCCAAAAGAGCAUUAUGCAGGCUCGCCAGCGUGAUCUCGAAGACAUCCUGGCGGACGAACGGUCAAUCCGGCAGUCCGUAGCCAAUUGUGAGCGGGCAAUUGCGGAAGCACAGAGGUGCUUGGCGAAAGCGAAACGUCACCGCCGAAACCGGGAGCAGUACGAGGCACUUGCUUUUGAUGUUUCGAAGAAAGCGACUGUGGCAGACUUGGAAGUGGCGCAGGCUGAGGAGCUCGAACGCAAGAGUCGUGCAGAAAAGAGGGCAAAACUUGUAGAGGACCAAAUUUCCACUCGACAACGCCAGACCCAAGUCGUCCUGAAGGCCGCCUCCGACCUCUUGCAAGCUUCGCAAGGCACGCCCGCUCCUGUAACAAAGCCAAAGAGCUGA